AUGCCUCCAAAAAUCAUUGCCACCGCGGCUUCUACCCGAGAGAGACGAGCAGGAGUUCGCGAAAGCCUUAACGAGGAUGCUUUGCGGAAAGCCCAAGAGGCUGCGGCUAGAAAGAGGGCCGCCGAGGAGGCAGCGCUGCGACAGUCAAAGUCACCUUCACUUAAACCAAGGUCUAAGCCUGGAGCUAAGGAGAGGGGAGGCGCUAGGGCUAUAUGUGUUCUUAUUAAAGGCACGAAGUCUGGACCGCAAGGUGUGAAGAAGCCUAGAACUACUGGCAAUAGAAAGACGGGGGCCAAGCAACAGCAAAAGAACAACACAAAGAAGACGAAGACUGGCAGAGUAGCAAAGAAUAGCGGAACCAAAGGUAGAAAGGUCAAGAAGGAGGCGGAAGUGGCGGCUCACGAUUCGGACGACAGUGAGUUGGGAAGCGCCGAGAGUAUCACGACAGCGGAACCUGCUGUGCCGGCUACGAAGAGAAAGCAGGCUACUAAGGCUAAGGGAAACAAGACUACCAAGACCAAAGCUACUGCGACGAAAGGGAAGAAGAAGACGCUAUCGCCCAAAAGAGAACGUGUCGUCAAAUUCCGUACCAUCAAAAAGUCACAGUCGAUUGAAUCGUCUGGGGAGGAGGGCCGUGUUGAGAGUGAUGAUGAAGAGGAUAAAGAGGAUAAAGAGGAUGAUGACAUGUCAGGCGCGAAUUGGGUGUAG